AUGGCUGCAAUAGAUACGCUACGAAGUGAUGCUACUUCUGCUAACGACAAUCAUGCCACGGUUCUUAUUAUUGGCGCAGGAGUAGUAGGAUGCCUCACCGCGAUCAAACUAGCUCAGGCUGGGAUUGACGUUCAGAUCGUGGAAAGACUGCUGGAAACGAGUGAGGCGCCUCGGGCUUGCGGAUAUUUCGGUGCCGUCCAGGGGUUUUUGGACGAGCUUGGAUUGUACACACUGAUCCGGGAUCAAGGCUUCAUGACCCGCGGCUUGUGUUGGCGAGGAUUGCCAAAGGACAAUGAUAGCAAGGACGGGAAACGCUUUGGCGACAUCGUUGCGGUCCAGCCUCUCUGUGCCCCAGAUGAUACUUCAUUCCCUGUCGGGUCCGGGCUCCUGAACCUCACCCAGGGUCAGCUCAACAAGCUUUUCGUCCAUCAAGCACUCCAGACGGGUCGAGUCCGUGUCAACUUCGGGGCAGAAUUCGUCUCGAUCUUGGAGAAUAGUGAGGAGAACGGUGUCACCGUCCUCGCUCGGGACGUCGAUACCGGGGUGGAAAGACAAUACCGUGGAAAAUAUUGCAUCGGAGCAGAUGGUGCUCACUCGAACUUGCGCAAAGCCCUCGGUCUCCCGUUUCCAGGUCAUCAAUGGCCGGAGAGACUGUUGGCAACCAAUGUGAGAGUGCCCAACGUCGAGGACCCUGUGUGGCAUACGUACUAUUACAUGGCCGAGAAGUAUUGGGGAGUGGCCACGCCACUUGAAGAGCCUGUGCUUGGGGAGAAGACUCUCUGGAGAUAUGCGAUCGCUGUUCCGCCGGAGGUGACCAAGGCGGAUGAUGAACUGCUCUCCGACGAGUAUAUCCUUGGGAUUUAUGAAAGCCGAUUGCCAGGCCCACGGCCACUGCAAGCUCAGAUUGAAGCACGAGUCCUGUACCGGAUACACCAACGUCUGGCGCCAACUUUAAGGAAAGGAAACUGUCUACUUGCCGGCGAUGCCGCCCAUGUAUGCAAUCCUGUGGGUGCCCUCGGUCUAAACAGUGGAAUGUUGGAUGCCGAUGCAUUGGCCGAAGCACUCGUCAUGGUGCUGAGGGAAGGUCGGUCCGAUAAAGUGCUGGAUGUCUAUUCGGAUGAGAGGCGCAAGGUGUUUCAGUUCUUUGUCGAUCCCACAUCCUCGCAGAAUAAAAUGCGAGUUCACAGCCAUCCUCCCGAGACCGCUGCGCAAGAUGACUGGUAUUUUCGAAUCCUGGCAAACAAUCCCACCAAAAAACAGAUGCUGGACUUGAUGAAGCCAUACUUCGAAACAUGGAGGACUAACAUGCGGAAGGCUGCCGGGGAAUUGUAA